AUGCCUGUUGUCGAGAUUACCCAACUGCGUCUGAAGGGGCUAACCGUUGACGAUCCAGCCUUACUCCAGAGCCUAUCAUUAGUCCGAGGCAAACUGCAGACCAACUCACGUUUCUUCAGCUGCAUCGAAGAAUCAAGCCUCGUUUAUAUUUUUGGUGUCUGGCCAACUCUAGAUGCGCACCUUGAGUUCCUGGCUUCUCCGGCACGGGACGAAGUGUUGGGUCCGCAAGAGGAGAUCCUCGACUUCCAGUGGACGAUACAUUUGGAGCUAAACGCCAUCAGUCCAAUCCUUUUCGAUGCACCGUUUAUAGCAAUCGAGAGACUCACCGUCGAUGCUGGCUACGUUGAUGCCUACAGCAAGGUCAUCGAGGAGCACGUGCGAACUCUCCAAAUGACUGAUCCAUUGAAUGUAACGUACGGAUGGCGAUGCGAUGUGCCAGGAAGCCACGAGGCAACCAUUCUCACCAGCUGGAGCUCU